UUUGGUUCUCCCUCUCUCCCUCUCUCAACAAACCAUAUCUUUUUUUCUCACUCUUUUUAAUUAUCAACAGACCAAAAUUAAUAAUUCUCUCUCUCUCAUUCUCUCUCUCUCUCUCAAACUCUCUUGAUAUAAAUAUACAUAGUUUUCCUUGGGUGUAUAAAGUUAGGAAGCAAAGGAGAAAAACCUUUGAGCUCUCUUUAAUCCUCUGUUUAUGUUUUAUAUAUAUAUAUAUAUAUAUAUAUAUCUUUAAUAAUUAGUCCAUAUGGAAGUAGAGUCAGUGCAGUGUGAGUGUUGUGGAUUGAGAGAAGACUGCACACAAGAAUACAUAAGAGGAGUUAGAGCAAACUUUGAAGGCAAAUGGUUGUGUGGUUUGUGCUCAGAGGCUGUCAGAGAUGAAGCCAUUAGAUCAGGUAGAAGAAAAGAUCAACAGCUCCAUCAUGCCAUGGAUGAAGCUCUUCAAGAACACAUCACUUUCUGUACCAAAUUCAGAGCUAACCCUGCCGUCCUCGUCGCCGACGGCAUGCGCCAGAUGCUUCGCCGGAGGUCCGGUGAUCACUUGUCCACCACCCCUUCCAAAAACUUCAGAAGGUCUUCCUCCACGUUGUAGUUUGUAGUUAAUUAAUUUUUAAGGUUUAAUAAUUUUAUAGCCUCUUCUCUUAAUAAUUAAUAAUAAUAAUAAUAAUAAUAAUACCAUUGCAUGUUUUGCAUGGUUUCAUUAAUCUUAAUUAGGUUUGUUGAUUUCUUCUUUCUUUCUUUGUUUUUUUUUCUUUUUGUUUAGUUGUUAUUAAUUAUUGUUAUUAUGUAU